UAAUAGGCCAGGCACUCAUAAGCCAACAAGUAGACUCAAAGGACAAGUGAGAUUUUCUUGUUCCUUGUCAGUGCCACUGGCAUCUUUUACUGACUCCCUUAUCACAUCACCUACCAACAAUUCACUUGAAGACAGCAUCUAUGUAUUGAUGUGCUGCUGUAUUGAACACAGCCAAUGAGAAUAAAUUUGUAAAGAAGUUGAAAACUUCCAGGUUUGCUGCUGGUUCUCAAGUAUUUACUGUCACCAUCAUGUUAAUGAAAAUGUGCCAUCACCAAAUGGGAGGUUUUGCUUUGACCACAGUAGCCUGGCUACUUUGCUGCAUAUCUACAGGCCUCCCUCAGUGGCAAGUGUGGCACUAUGAAGAUCCUGUGAUACUCAAGCCUACAGUAGCUUUUGUAGGCAUGUGGAGAGCCUGUGUUUUCUACAAUGACAGCAACUCCAACAACAACAAAGUAUGUCACCAAUACAACUAUGCUGACUCAUUUGUUCCAUUGUAUAUUCGAAUAAACCAGCACUUGCUGCUGGUUUCUAGCUUUCUUGGGCUUUUUGGGAAGAUCACCACCAUUAUUGCUCUUUCAAAUAUGUAUAUGGGAAGAGUGCGGAGGAAUGACACCUGCAAUCCAUUCAGCCUUUCAGGGAUACUGAACAUCAUUGUUAGCAGCUUUCUUUACCUUGUUGUUUUGCUCAAUUACAUAGCCAUCAUGCGCAAAUGGGGGGUUGCUUUCCCACCAUCUUUCCAUAUGCCUUCCCACCCAGACACUCAGAAGAUAGGAAGUGCCAUGACAUUGGCCAUUAUAGCUGCAGUUCUCUUUCUGUUAAGUGGCACAAUUUGCCUUUCUUCGAAUUUAGCCAUAGGCAAGAUGCCACAUUCCAAAAUUUAAAAAUACAUUGCUACCUUACAUAGCCUUGAAAUGCCAGAAAAGAUAGUGAGUACUCUUCAUGUGUCUACAUAAAUUUUCAAAGAACUUGAAAGGGUGCCAAUUGUGGAUUGUGAACUUUUAUUAAAUAAAAUCUUAUUUUAUGGAUAGUA